UCUUGAGCGCGUGGCAUGAGGAUGUCCAUGUAUCCUCUGAUAAGACCCAUUAAUCGUAUUUAAUUCCCGUUUUUUUUUUUCAUUUGCUUAUCCCAUACGAUUUCCCAGAAAUACUGAUCAAGACAUGACGCAUUGUUCUUUAUUUGAAACUGAAUAACUGAAAGAACUAUGGGAUCACUGAUAACUCCAGAGGCAUAAGAGACCGAGAACUCCGUGAAGCAAAAAUCCUUGGGACAAAUUAUUUAGAAAUAAAAAGGAAUGGCGCUACCCUCAGGAGAUGCUCCAUGGGGGAUGACUCUGAUCUAUUGGAUUAAUGAAAAGUGCUGUCGAUAUCGAAGAGUCAAUAAAUUGGCAUGGCAUCGAGGAGGCGUUUUAGCACUCACCUAUAUCGCGUAUACGUGCUACCAUAUGUCAAGAAAGCCCAUUUCCGUAGUGAAAAAUGUUUUGAAUCUGAAUUGCAGUUCGCUGUCACCACCACCUGAUAUUAUAAUCAAUGACCACAAUAAGGACUCCUGGUGUGACUGGGCACCAUUUGAUACACCUGAUGCGCCUGCUUUGCUAGGCACUCUGGACUCGGCAUUUUUAUUCGCUUAUGCUGCUGCUAUGUUCCUCAGUGGAUUCGUGGCUGAAAGGGUGAAUCUCAGGUACUUUUUAUCAUUGGGAAUGCUGCUGUCUGGGAUUUGUAGCUAUUUAUUGGGAAUAGCUAAGCCAUACAACAUUCACAAUCUGUGGUAUUUCAUCCUAGUCCAGGCGAUGGGUGGGGUAUUCCAGACAACAGGAUGGCCUGGAGUAGUGACAGUAAUCGAAAAUUGGUUCGAAAAAGGGAAGAGAGGUCUGAUAUUCGGCGUUUGGAAUUCUCACACAUCCUUAGGAAAUAUUCUGGGGAGUUUGAUAGCAGCCGAAUACGUGGAAACAAAUUGGGGACUGAGUUUCAUGAUUCCUGGGGUUAUUAUGGGCGUAGCUGGCUUCAUAAUAUUCAUGUUUCUGGCUCCAAAUCCCCAGGACGUCGAUUGUCUGUUGCCAAUUCCACCUAGGUAUAGAAAAAUGAAUGCAGCGAGUUCAGACGAAGGUACAUCUAGUGAAGAUAACGAUGACAGGCGAAUUCAGGCUGAAGACCAGAUCAUCCAUCGCUGUAGCUGGCAUCAGCAUGCUAACCAGCCUGAUCCCUCUAGUGUCGAGUCUGAGACGAGCCCAAUGCUCCCAGGGAAUAGACGUAGCCACAGCACUGGUAAUGAACGAGCAAUUGGAUUUGCUGGGGCAAUAAAAAUUCCUGGGGUAAUGGAGUACUCGUGUUCACUAUUCUUUUCCAAACUAGUGAGCUACACAUUUCUCUACUGGCUGCCACUUUACAUUAGUUCUUCAACAACUUACAGUCCCACUCUGAGUGGAGACUUAUCAACAUUAUUCGAUGUGGGAGGAAUUGCUGGAGCCAUUGCUGCAGGAAUUCUAUCGGACUACACUGGUAUGAGUGCAGUUACUUGCUCUGGAAUGUUAAUUCUUGCUGUACCCGUGCUUUUUAUCUACGACUACACCGGAAACGUGAAUUUGGGAACAACGGUAGUGCUGCUGUUACUGGCUGGAGCUCUUGUCAAUGGUCCCUACGCCCUGAUAACAACAGCUGUAUCCGCUGAAUUGGGAACACAUCCGAGUUUGGGUGAUAAUUCAAAGGCUGUCGCCACAGUGACUGCAAUUAUCGAUGGAACUGGAAGCAUUGGUGCAGCAGUCGGUCCACUUCUAGCUGGAUUAGUCUCCAGGUGGAUGGGUUGGCACAAUGUCUUUCACAUGCUCAUGACUGCUGACGUAUUAGCCCUAUUAUUCUUAUCCAGACUUGUGUACAGAGAUCUACGUACCUAUAGGCAAAGGCGGCUGGCUGUGUAGAAAAUCUUUAUUCAUAUC